AUGGCUGAUUUUGGCGAGAUCCUGAGGACCAUUGGAGACUUUGGAUUAUUCCAGAAGCUCAUACUAUUUGGACUAUGCUUCCCGAAUCUUGUCCUGCCUUUCCACCUGGCCAGUUUGAUUUUCAUCCAGUCAGACCCUGAGCGCCACUGUAACACUGACUGGAUACUUAGAGCUGGUUCCAAUCUGAGCAGUGAGGAACAGCUGAAUCUGACCGUGCCCCGGCAGGAGGAUGGGACCUUCAGUAGGUGCCUGAUGUUUACCCCUGUAGACUGGGACAUUGACACCAUCAGGGAGCAUGGACUCAAUCAGACCACUGACUGCCAGAAUGGAUGGGUGUACAACAAUAUAGUGUAUGAAGCCACCAUCGUCACUGAUUUUGAUCUUGUCUGUGGCAAAGCUAACGUUGUCGGACUUGCACAAACUGUGUUCAUGGCUGGCAUUCUUCUUGGUUCACUCUUGUUUGGACCUUUCGCUGAAUCGUAA